GAUUGGUUCGAUUAUCCCAUAGGGAGGCAUUCGCGUUUGGUUGGUAUACACAUUAGCGUUUGUUCUCGUUCCUUGUAACACACAAGCAUAAACGUUCAUUUCAUACCAGCUUUUGAGACUUAAACAUGCAUUGCUGACGUACACGACGGAAAAGCUGAAUUUCGUGCCAUUUUGUUUGCCUAAAAAGUAAUGCUUCUGAUAUAAUCUAAAGUUAUAUUGCUUUCGGGGGAAAUGGGAACAAGCGGCACUUUGCGAGUUGUCGUCUGCUUCAUGCUGACGCUGGCAUUUGCGGAGAAAACUCCUCUUUACAUUGGCGGGUUUUUCCCAAUGACUGGACCGAACUCGAAUGAGGGACAGACAACCCUUCCCGCCGUCCAGUACGCCAUUGACAUGGUCAACAAUAGAACGGACAUCCUUCCCGACCACGAGAUUGUGUUGGUGUGGAACGACACACAGGGCAGCAACACCGUGAGCAUGAAGCUCCUGUUCGACCUCAUUCAAACCCCGCCGAAGAAGCUGAUGCUGCUUGGACCGGUCAUGCCCAAGAUGGCGGCACAUGUUGCUGAAGCUGCCACCGCCUGGAAUUUACUUCAGAUGUCAUUCGGAGCUCGGACACCGGACCUCAACUGCCGAACCCGUUUCCCCUACUUCUACCGAACUCUGGGACCAGAUCAAGUGUUCAACCCUGCCAAGGUGGCUCUGUUCCAACAUUUCCAAUGGAAACGCGUGGCCUGUCUGUACGAAGAUGACAAGUAUAAGAUUUAUUCAACGGCGAAGGAUCACUUCGUGGAUCUAUGGAAAGCUGGCGGUAAUGAGAUUGUGGCGUCCGAAUGUAUCACCGACACCGGUGCUUCUCUCGACAAACUCAAGCAACAUGAUGCCAGGGUUAUCGUGGCCAACAUACCCGUCAACAAAGCCAAGCAGGUCUUCUGUGAGGCAUACGCACGCGGAAUGUGCGGGAAGAAGUAUGUGUGGGUGAUGCUAGGGUGGGAGGCCGGUAGCUGGUGGGACAACCCCUCCAUCCCCUGCACCUGCUCAACCCAGGAGCUCAAGGAGAUCACUGAUGGCAUGAUAAUGAUGGACUUCAUGCACAGCGAUGUAGGGACACAGGAAGCAUUUGACGUGAAUCCGACUGAUUUCGAAGCAUACAUACGCCAGAAGUCAUCCUAUUACGAUAAGUAUGCAAGCUACGCCUUCGAUGGAGCGAUGAGCCUCGCUUUGACUCUCGACCAAGCGGCUAAAGAAGGCGUAACUCUCGAGACCUUCUGUUACAAGAACGAAACGUAUGUGCGUACGUUCUCGCGCAUCAUGUCGGAUCUCGUGUUCUAUGGACUUACGGGUAAAAUAGGAUAUGACGCCAAAGGGAACAGGAAGGGACACACUUCAAUCACGCAGAUACAAGGGGAUGAAAGGAAACUGAUAGGAAAGUACUGUCCAUUUGAUAAGAAACUGACGCUGUAUGACGACACUCCCAUCAAGUGGAGAGGGGGUGGCAUUCCAAAAGACGGAUUCUCGCGCGAGAGGAGGACACAACACUUACCACACGGGGCUCUUGUUGCGUUUGUGUGUAUCGGGGUAACUGGGGCCCUGGUUUGUGUGGCGUUCCUCAUCUUCAACAUCAAGAACAGGAAGCAUGGCUACAUCAAACUCUCCGCGCCUGCUAUAAACAAUGCCAUCCUAAUUGGGUGCAUCUUGGCCUAUAGUGCUCUGAUCCUUAAUGGUGUGGACGGUCGAGUCGUCGUACCUGACAACCUUGGCCUUGUCUGUAAUGUCCGGGUGGUUGUGUUGGCCAUGGCGUUUACAAUUGCGUUUGGGGCGAUGUUCACAAAGACUUGGCGACUGCAUCAGAUCGUGGCUAACAAAACAGCAUGCAAACGGGUUGUUAAGGACUUAGGCUUGGUGACCAGCAUUGCGACGCUAUUGGGAAUAGAUGGGAUAAUUCUCAUCACUUGGUUCACUCAAGAUCCCCUCGACCGCUCCAUCAUCAAGCUGCCGGAACAGUCGGACCCAUCUGAUAGCGACCGCCUGAUUCAGCCACUGCUUGAAGUCUGCUCGUGCAAAUAUGGAGGUUACUGGGUGGCGGUUCUUCUGGCAUUCAAGGGCUUGCUACUGCUGUUUGGACUGUUUCUCACCUGGCAGACACGUCACAUCUCUAUUGAUGCUAUCAAUGACAGCAGGUACAGCCGAAUGAGUGUGUACACCGUGGCCCUGGUAUCACUGAUUGGUGUUCCCGUCUUCUACCUCCUGGGGGUGAACAACAUCGCCGCUGUUUACGUCAUCUCUCCAAUCUGCAUCAUCGUGUGUUCGUCCGUAACCAUCAGCCUGAUAUUUGUCCCAAAGAUGCACGCUGUGUGGAAGGACCCUAACGGCGUCAUCGACAACAAGCUGCUGAGCGGGGUCGAUGUUAAGCAGGUUGUCCCCAUUGACACUCUCACCCAGAAGAUGGAGACAAGGUCCCGACUGGAGGUCUUGCUGUUGGAGAAGGAGUCACGUAUCCAGCAACUGGAACAAGCCCUGAACAGCUCCCUCACAUCCAGUACAGCCUGAACGACUCCCUCACACAGUACAGCCUGAGCGACUCCCUCACAUCCAGUACAGCCUGAACGACUCCCUCACAUCCAGUACAGCCUGAACGACUCCCUCACAUCCAGUACAGCCUGAACGACUCCCUCACACCCAGUACAGCCUGAACGACUCUCUCACAUCCAGUACAGCAUGAACGACUCCCUCACAUCCAGUACAGACUGAACGACUCUCUCACAUCCAGUACAGCCUGAACGACUCCCUCACAUCCAGUACAGCCUGAACGACUCCCUCACAUCCAGUACAGCCUGAACGACUCUCUCACAUCCAGUACAGCCUGAACGACUCCCUCACAUCCAGUACAGCCUGAACGACUCCCUCACAUCCAGUACAGCCUGAACGACUCCCUCACAUCCAGUACAGCCUGAACGACUCCCUCACACCCAGUACAGCCUGAACGACUCCCUCACAUCCAGUACAGCCUGAACGACUCCCUCACAUCCAGUACAGCCUGAACGACUCCCUCACACCCAGUACAGCCUGAACGACUCCCUCACACCCAGUACAGCCUGAACGACUCCCUCACAUCCAGUACAGCCUGAACGACUCUCUCACAUCCAGUACAGCCUGAACGACUCCCUCACAUCCAGUACAGCCUGAACGACUCCCUCACAUCCAGUACAGGCUGAACGACUCCCUCACAUCCAGUACAGCCUGAACUCCCUCACAUCCAGUACAGCCUGAACGACUCCCUCACACAGUACAGCCUGAACGACUCUCUCACACCCAGCACAGCCUGAACUCCUUCACAUCCAGUACAGCCUGAAUGACUCCCUCACACAGUACAGCCUGAACGACUC